AUGGCCGACGUCAAAACGCGCCGUUCAACAUCUUCAGUCAUGACCCAAACAGAGAGCGCAUCGUGCACCCCUCUCCGGGGCAAGGUAUACGCGGUCACCGGUGGCGCAAGCGGCAUCGGCUUCGCCACAGCGCAACUGCUCUCCCGCAAAGGCGCAACGGUGUGCAUAGCAGACAUUGACCUAGAAGCCAUCAAGGAUGCCGAGGCGUACUUUUCCAGCCUGCCAGCACCGCACAUACCGCCCAUGAUUACUAGAGUUGACGUCUCCAAGCGAGUCGAGGUAGACGGCUGGGUCGCCUCCAUCAUCAACAAGUACGGCCGUCUAGACGGGGCGGCGAAUGUCGCCGGUAUCAUAGGCAAGGGCCAUGGGAUUGCAUCUGUGGCAGAGUUGGAGGACGAGGAGUGGGACAAGAUUAUCGGCGUCAACCUGACGGGCACAAUGUAUAGCCUGCGGGCAGAGCUGCGGAACAUUGUUGAUGGUGGUUCGAUCGUCAAUGUCUCGUCCGUCCACGGUCUUAAAGGGUUCGCGAAACACGCCGCCUACGACGCCAGCAAACACGGCAUCAUCGGCCUCACCAGGGCCGCGGCGCUGGAAGCUGGCGACCGCGAAAUCCGCGUCAACUCGGUGGCUCCGGGCGCCAUCUACACGCCGCUCAUGCAAAAGAAUUGGGAUUUUGCCGGCAGAGCAAAAGACGCACCCUUUGACGACCCGUCUGCGUUCAGGAGACAGGGCACGGCGGAGGAGACGGCAAAUGUGAUUGUGUUCUUGCUAGGUCCUGAGAGCACAUUUGUCAGUGGCAGUGUGUACCAGGUUGAUGGGGCUUGGAUAUGA